AGAGCUGGCAUAAUCAUCAUUAGUAUUACUUUCCACGUCUAUAUAAUCUCAAGGGAUUUACCCCUAGAGUUCUUCAAUACAAUUUCAAAGUCAUAAAAUGGAGAUUUCAGAACUGGAACCUGGAAGAUGGGAAGAAAUACUAGGAAGCAACCAUUGGGAAGGGCUCCUAGAACCUCUCGAUUUGAACUUGCGGCAACUUAUUCUCCGUUGUGGCGACUUCUGCCAGGCAACUUAUGAUUCAUUUGUAAGCGAUAAGCACUCCAAAUACUGUGGUAGUUGUCGUUAUGGAAAAAAAUCAUUCUUCAAAAAAGUUGCACUGGAAUCAGCUGCAAAUGACUACUUUGUGGAUUCAUUCCUCUAUGGAACUUCACGUGUGGUAAGAUCCUGCUUCUCCUUCUCAUACUCAAAAGAAGCCUGGGAUCGUGAAUCGAACUGGAUCGGUUACAUUUCUGUAAGCACUGAUGAAGUUAGCAAAAUCCUUGGAAGACGGGAAAUAUACGUAGCAUGGCGUGGUACAACAACAACUCUUGAGUGGAUGAAUGUGUUUGAUGCGGAAAAGGCGUCAAUUAAGCCAUUAUUGAAGCCAAAAUACCUUAACGCUGAAACAAAUGCUACUGAAGAACGCCAGCGCCACUGGUAUGACAUUUUGAUUUGCAAGCAGAAUGAAGCUACUAAUGGUAAUGACGAUGAAAAUAUACCUGAAGUUAUGAAGGGUUGGCUUACGAUUUACAAUUCUGAUAAUCCAAAUUCCCAGUUCACAAAGCUAAGUGCGAGGACCCAAGUUCUCUCGAAGAUCAAAAGACUAGCAACCAUGUACAAAGAUGAAAAUGUAAGUGUAAUACUAACAGGACACAGCCUCGGUGCAAGUUUAGCAAUCUUAUGUGCAUUUGAUUUAGUUGAAAACGGGUUAUCUAAAAUACCGGUGACGGCUGUCGUAUUUGGUAGCCCACAAAUUGGUGAUAAAGCUUUCACUGAUAAGGUUAUGACUUUCACUAACCUUAGGGUAUUGCAUGUGAAGAACACGAUUGAUCUUAUACCGCAUUAUCCAGGUAGGCUAUUAGGUUUCGCUCAUACAGGGACAGAUUUUGAAGUCGAUACUCGAAAGUCGACGAGUUUAAAGGAUUCCAGAAAUCCUAGCGACUGGCAUAAUCUGCAAGCUAUACUCCAUACAGUUGCUGGUUGGAAUGGGAAAGAAAAAGAAUUUGAAUUGAAAGUGGACAGAAGUGUUGCAUUAGUUAAUAAGUCUAGCGACUAUCUGAAAGAUGACGAGUUAGUCCCAGCGUCAUGGUGGGUAGAGAAGAACAAAGGAAUGGUGCUUGAAGACGGGAAAUGGGUUAUGGCUCCACCAGAUGAAGAGGACAUACCUGUUCCUGAAUCUUACUAACUAUAUAUUGUUUGAAUCCGUUUUCUGUUUCUAAAUUUUUGCAGUU